UAUUGACAUAGGUAGUCCCUUACUUCUCAGUUUUACAGUCUUGAAUUUUUAACUAGAGUAAGAGUGCGUCUAUAACGCGUAGGACUACCAAUAAUGUCGAGUCUUCCAACAUGAACAUGAACGCAUCAGCGGUACACGGAACAUAUCUGCUUUCUUCAUGAGUUGUUUCGCGGUCGUGUUAUUUUGCCUCCUAUUGAGCAGGGGCAUGGGAACUAAGAUGACUUACGGUUCCGUUUGCGUUGAUACUGGUGACGUCAUAAAGGUCUCCUACUUCUCCUGCCGUCAAAUAUUUUUGCCUCCGUACCACGCGGCCUUUGCCUUAAACAGACACCACAUCAUGCAUAUUGGAGGUAGAGGAGGCAAACUCCGUCCGCAAAUUGCUUUUGUGCGGAUGUUCCGAAAUCUUUGGACAAAAUUUCCGGUGGAAGUGCUGAAGCCGGACCCGGCCCGAAAGCCGGUCGUGGAGAAAGGGUUGAUAAUCGCUGCGAGGAUGAACAGGCUCUUCGAUGCUCUGCCAUUUCGGCGCCUGACUUGCAACUGCCGGCAUUACACGGACUACUUCGUCUACGGUAAGACUUUCGGCAGCUGGAAGACCUUCGGUGAGGGCUACUGGCCCAUCGACGCUCGCUGCCCCCUCCAUCGCGAGAUCACCAAUGAAACGGACGUCACAGCUCCGCACUUUUACCUCCUGGACAAGUACGGCAAGCCAUACCCUCUCUUGUCGAACUGGACGGACCCUGUCGAAGAGGGAAAGAGGUUAGACGAGAGGGAGAAGGUGAAGAGGAGGUCCAAGGAGAAGUAUGAGAGGUCCAUUAGGGAGUAUGAGGAAGGAUUGAUCAAAAUUACCACCGAAGUCAAGAGGGGUUAGUUCUGUGAUUUGGAUGUUAACUCGUCAAUAAUAUAAAUAAUAAAUACCAUAAAAAUAAGAACUAAUAAUGAACACAAGGAACUUUCUUGGAAAAAUAAGAAUCAUAAUAAUACAUGAAAUCAAAAUUAAAGAGUCAAACAGUAUAAAGAGAAUUUUUAACGGUUCAUUUUUUGGCACCUUCACUCAGUGGCAUACAUGAACCAUUUUUCGUGAGCAUCGAGAAACGCAAAAAGAACUCCUAUAAAUGUUUAAAUUAAAUGUUGAGUAUUUGGGAAGUUAGGAAUCUGAAAUUAUAACUCGUAAUUUAGAU